AUGCCAGAUGAGUUUAAAAAAGGCUUGAACGCAGAUGGAAAAGAAUGGAGUGUGAAGAAAAGGACGCUAUCAAUGAAGAUGGAUAACAAGGAAGUUAGGAUGAAUCCGCAUUACAAGAGAAACGAGGAGGUGUCAGUGCUGGGCAAAAGUGUUGAAAGUGAAGGAUCAAGUGGACUAUUGAAACAGGCAAUAGAUAGAGGAGAUUUGUCGUACAUAAGUGAGUUUUUAGCAAACAAAAACAGGAAAGAGAUGAUGCAGAGAUUGUCUGGAAGCAGCAAAGAGGCUCUUGGGGUGCUGCUGCUUGAGUUUGUCGACCAACCGCUGCGUAAUGAAGCACUUGAGAUGAUCAGAGAGAUGAUUUCAAGUAUUAAAGAUGUGGGGAUGUUCAUAAAGAAACUGAAGGGUAGAAUGUGUGACUUUUCUAAGCUGAUAUAUCUGAAGGGAAAGAUAGAUUACUUGAGGUUUACUAGCAUGGCUGAGGAUAAUAAAGAUGAGCCUGAGGUAGUUGUUUCAGUAUGA